AUGUUGAUAUCUGAUAUUCUUUCUGAAGUUUUUGAAUAUUUGGAUGACCGAGAUGAAAUUCUUGGUUCACCGAAUCCUAAAACUUAUAAACUUUUAAUUCAAACAUUUCUAUCUUGUCUUGACAAUUCUGAACGUCAACAAUUAUAUAACGAUGGUGUAUAUGUCCCUGGUGGAAAAUAUGAUUUACCCGUUUUUAAUUAUCCAACCUUUUUAAAAAAUCUUGAUUAUUAUGAAAUGAUUUCAUUUGUAAAAAGUUGGUGUAGAUUUUACUUAGAGGAUGGUACCGAAGAAAGUGUUUCUGCAAUUUUGCGAUCGAUUUUAAAAUUAUUUGUCGCGAGGUCUGCUCACUUGAACACCUUGAGUAUUAGAAGUACUAGUUGUGAAGAAAAAUAUAUGCUAUUGACUGAACCCUCGAUUUGUCCUUUGAUAAAACCAUUAAAAAAUUUAUACAUCAAUUGUUAUUCAAUUGAUAGAUUAAAUACCCCUGAAAAAAAUCAACGAGGACUUAAACGUAUAAUUUUAUCAAGAUGUAAAAAAUUCGCCAACAUUAUAAUUCCAUCCUUGGAAAAACAAAAACGUACAUUACGACAUGUUGGAUUUCGAGGUAUCGAUUUUGAUGGAUGUUGUAAAUGGGACAUUUUAAAGUAUUGCUCAAAGUUAGAAAAAUUAGACAUUGUUGAUU